GUAAUUUGUUGGAUGUAUUGAUUGGCUGUUGUGAUAGAGAAUUUCUAAGGUCCCUGACAUUUUUAGGGCCACCCCAAACAUUUUCUAUUCAACGACCAAUCGACAUAUACGACAAAUUCGCCGUACGACGCGUAUAAAUAUUGGCCUUGAGUUUUCCUCUUCAUGAACUGAUUCGCAUCCGUGUGAUUGCAUAUGGCUACGUGUGAGAGUUGCAGAUGCUGACAACUGCUCAUCAGUUGAUGUGUGGAAGUAUGCACAGCCAAGGAAGCUGCUGAUAAAGCAAUACCGAUACACAACACACUAUAGAGAAUGAUUCACCUCGGCUAGGUAACCCUGAUCUCUGAAGCGCCGUUAAUGAUGUAUUUGCUGUUACCGGGCAGGUAACGCAUGCUCCGCAUAGCGGAUACCUCGUCGUGGUUGUAGACUUUAAACGUCAACCCGCGUAAACAUGGCGCAAAUACAAACAUCAACGAUGGACGGAUUGCCUAAGCACUUCGUCAAUGCGAUGCGUACGUUGUUCGAUAUAAUGGACGACCAGAACACCGGCUACGUCAAGUUCGUUGACAUCGAGGGUCGUUGGCAAGAUGACGGCACUCAAGGUUUACCCAAGGGCGUGUUGGAUAGUCUAAAGAGGGUCACACCACCGAAUGGUAUGCUCUCAUUCGAGAGAUUCUGCGCGGGUCUGAAGAUCUGUCUGCUGCAGAUUCAGACGGAGGCCAACUCUAAGAAGCACGAUGGUCAACCCAAUAGGCCACCGUCCGCGCCAAUACUCAUUCCAGAUAGUCAGAACAAAGCGGCAUGGACCUCCCCCAAUACAGCUGCCAUAAGACCCAACAAUGCUAUAUCUCAGCAACGUACUCUCAGCAUGCCGCAGUUACUGGCCAAUCGCAAGGACAUGAAUGUGCAGCAGCUCGAAUUGAUGGAUGGGAGAAACAUUGGUGAACCAAAAAUCAACAAAGUGUAUGGCCCACCAAAACCACCACGGACUGGCGCCGCUUUGGAAGGUAGAACACAAUUGGGCGCAGACAGAAACUUUGACAAGUCUGAGAUCAGGACUGCUCUGCAAAAUUGGCAAAUGGGCCUGAUGAUGAGUGACGAAAAGGCAGUAGAAAAACGUCAGUUACAGACUGUUAACUAUAGACCAGACGCCAGGACGUUAUUGAGACCGACUAGAGCUCUGGGCGACGGUAAGGCAGUCGAUAUGCAGAGCAAUCAGCUUGUUCUUCAACCUAAAAAACCGUCAAAUCGUCGCAGAGAACCCAGGCGGCAUACGUUGCAGAAUGGUAUUGAUUACAAUAUGAUGAAAAGGAUGAAGCAGAUCGAACAGGAGAAGGACGUACUGCUUCAAGGUCUAGCUGCCGUCGAUAAAGCUAGAGAAUGGUACUUGAAGCAGAUCUCUGCUACACAAGAGAAGAUUAAACAUCUUGGACGCAUGGGUUCUCAUGUGGAGCAAUGGACAGAAGCACAGCAGGAACGUUUAGAAUUGCAACGUGCCCGAGUUUUGGAAGUGAAUCGACAUCUGGCCGCUCUGAUAAGCAGCUGGGAACGUGGAGGUCUUCCUCUUCACAUGAAUCUUGCUUUUCUGAGCAUCCCGACCUCGACUCAAUUGCAACAGGACAUGCUGUCGAGGCUUAAACAGCAAAAUCACAGAUUAACCGAGGAAGUCAGUAAAAAGAGCCAACGGAUAGCAUUGCUCGAGCAGGAGAAGGACAGUUUGGUUAGAGAAUUAUACAAUAGACAGCCUGGACUGGUUCAAUCUCGAAGAGCAACGAUGAUCCAUGAACAACAUGAUCAAACAUUCAUAAUAUGAGUUAUUCCAGACGAGAAUACACGAAUGGCAGAAUAAAGUUUUAGAUCUUAAAUAGCAUGUGGAAGUAAAAAGAGAGGAAAAGAGAAGUAAGAAAUUAAAUACAAAAUAUUUGAUAUAUUGUAUUAAGGUAACGUCAACGCUUCCUUAUCUUGAUUCGACAUCUCUCACAUUAAGGCUGUAAAGUAUUUACUAAUAGUACUCGAUUACUAUUUAGACAAUUUACUUGUAGCGGAUAAAGCAAAGUGCCUUAAGAUUCAUGUAAUCUGUCCGAAAGAAAGAAUUCGCCUUAAUAAAUUAUUAUUUUAAUUAAUA